ACUCCACAACAUAAAACACAUACAUUCUCGAGAGUGAGAGAGAAUGGAGGAGGGAUUGAUUGUGAAGGAAAGAUUAGUAGAGACGAGCACAAUAAGAUGGAGAGAAAUAGGAGAGGAGAUGAAGAGAUUGGGAUAUGUAGCUGGGCCAAUGGUGGCUGUGAGUCUAUCAUUCUACUUGCUUCAAGUUAUAUUACUCAUGAUGGUUGGCCAUUUAGGCGAACUCGCUCUCUCCGGCACCGCCAUCGCCCUUUCUCUCGCCGGAGUCACCGGCUUCAGCCUUCUUUUGGGAAUGGCGAGUGCUCUGGAGACGAUAAGCGGACAAGCGUUCGGGGCUCAACAAUACGAGAAGAUAGGAACUCAGACGUACACUGCCAUCGUCUCCCUGAUCCUAGUUUGCAUCCCGGUAUCCAUUCUGUGGGUAAACGUCGAGAGUGUACUCAAACUGGCCGGCCAAGAUCCUCGUAUAUCAUACGAAGCGGGAAAGUUGAUAAUGUGGCUCAUUCCCACACUCUUCGCCUACGCCUUCCUUCAGCCUCUCAUCCGCUACUAUCAAAUGCAGAGCCUGAUCCGGCCCAUGCUCGUGAGUUCGUGCAUCACUCUCUGUUUCCACGUGCCAUUCUGUUGGGUUCUGGUUUUUAAAUCCGGGUUGGGCAGCGUUGGAGGCGCAGUCGCCUUGGAUCUUUCGCUGUGGUUGAAUGUUGCUGUCCUGAGCUUGUACAUGAGGUACUCCCCUCAUUGCGCGCAAACUCGCUCCCCAUUUUCAAUGGAGAUUUUUGGCGGGAUGAGAGUGUUUUUCAAGUUUGCGAUCCCCUCUGCUACCAUGAUUUGUCUUCAAUGGUGGUCGUUUGAGCUACUAAUAUUGCUUUCCGGGCUAUUCCCACAUCCGCAGCUUGAAGCCUCGGUGCUCUCUGUGUGCUUAAAUACCAUUGCUACACUUUAUUCAAUACCAUAUGGUUUGGCUUCUGCAGCAAGCACUCGAAUCUCAAACCAGCUGGGAGCCGGGAGGCCACAGGGGGCGCGUCUAUCUCUCAUUGCUCUAUUGAUCCUUGCAGCAGUGAAUGCAUUCGUCGUGAGCCUUGCCAUCUUCCUUAGUAGGAAUGUUUUCGGCUAUGUUUUCAGCAAUGAGAAGGAAGUUGUGGACUACGUGACAAGGAUGGCUCCUCUCGUGUGUUUAUCAAUCAUAGCAGAUUGUGUGCAAGGAGUCCUUUCAGGUGUUGCAAGAGGUUGUGGAUGGCAGCAUAUUGGUGCUUAUAUCAAUCUUGCAGCAUUUUAUCUGUUUGGACUACCAAUUGCAGCUGUAUUGGGUUUUUGGCUGGAUUUGAGGGGAAAGGGGCUCUGGAUUGGGGUGGUGUGUGGCUCGACGCUGCAGUGUUUGAUGCUCUCGGUUAUUACAGCUCUCACGGACUGGGAGAAACAGGCAUCAGAGGCAAGGGAGAGGUUGUUUCAUGAGGAGGCUAUGAAUGAUAAUGGUGAAGAUAGGUUGCUAACAUGAAGAUAUUUGAAUUCAGAUUUCCAAUUCAAAGUGUUGUAUUUUUAAGAUUUAUGUAUGAAUCAAUUCUUGCGCCCAACUUUCACAUAUUUGAAUUUUCUUCUAUUUUA